UUCCAGACCAUUCUGCUGCUGCUGUCGCUGAUCAUUCAAGUUCUCUAUUGUCGUUUUGUGUGUGAAGGCUUGCAUUCCUGUCGGUUCUGCACUGCUCAAUUCUCCCUUCUCUGUUCUGCUUGAUCGUUUCUACUACUGCCGUUUACUACUGUCGUUACAGGCUCAUACAUCUUUGGUCUCUGCUUCUCCAUUGGUCAAGACACCGUUCUUCACGAAACAAAUAUUGCAGUUCUGAGUGUUAUACAUCAAGCCACCGAGUUUCAAGAGAAUACAAUAAGCGAGGUCCCAUCAAGAUCGAAUCCUUUUUCGCACAUUCCAGAGAUUCUGCAUACCGCCAUCUGAGUCCCACCAAAGAGAACUGCAAAAUAUUGUGUUGUCGCCAAAACACACCAGGCCAGCAACGGACGUACACAGAGACGACGAAAGCGACACAUACAAGCAGAGCGUAACGAAAUAGCUCCCUACGAACAAGACUCUCCAAGGCCAUUUUCCGCAGGGCGCCGCCCAAGCCUCAGCCCGCGAUCAACAACAAACUGCGCACAACGACUCCGCAUUUCAGAGACCAGAUAUGGCCGUCCCCCGGGAUCCCGCAUUCUGGAAACGCUUCUCCGUAGCCGUACACCAAGAUGAAGAAGCACAAGCCGUGGCAUCAGCACAAGAUCCCGCUUCCAAGCAACAAGCACAAUCCACCUGGCUCGCUCGUCAACAACGCAAAUCCUCACGACGAACAUGGUUCUGCUAUGGGUUUUGGCUAAUAUUUGCAAUAUUCGUGGCGGCGAUAGUGAUGGUGGUGAUUUGGCUGCUGAAGAGGAAACAAGAAGAGGACGUGGAUUGAAUUAUUUUCGCUCAAUUCUUUUGGAUAGUCUACAGUGAAUGCCUAUGUUACAUCCUGCAUGCAGUCUCAUAUUGCAUGUUCGGU